AGAAGUUCCUGUUCAGCUUCCUUGUAGCAUGUAUUUAGCUGCUAUCGCUUAGUUCCUCCUCAUCUUAUGCAUUUGCCAUUAACAGUUUCAUAUAAAAACGUCAAAUGCAGUACGUCUCUAUCGAGUUAAAUAACAACGCAAGACAAACCGGAAUAAAAGCAGAGGUGUAGUCAAGAACUGCAGUCUUAUGAAGAACAAUGGGGAAGAGGAGGGUGCCAGAUCUGUAUAGAGCCCCUUUUCCCUUAUACUCUGUUAAAGUGGACCCUGAUACAGGGCUGGUGAUCACAGCAGGAGGAGGGGGGCCCUCCAAGACAGGCAUAAAGAAUGCUGUGCAUUUCCUGGAUCUGCAGCUGGUUGGAGAACACCAGUACAGUGCCAGUCUCCUUCACUCUCAUGAUACUGACACACGUGCAACUAUGAACAUGGCUGUAGGUAAUGGUGUGAUUGCUGCAGGACAGGACGGAACCUGCUGUUUGAUGAAGUUCAGACACUGCACACAGAAAGGAGGCAAAAAUGCUCACAAAGAUGCAGAGAACAGUGUACAGCAAGGUAGUGCCAGGCGACGAGCUGGGAAAGGAGGCAGAGUUGGACAGGAUGGAGCUGCAGCAUCCGGAGACAUGUCAGAUAUGAAGGAUGAGACAGCUCAUAUCUCAGUGACUAGUUUGGCUGAAGUGCAGUCAGACCUGAACCCUCAGGACCCCCUCCAGAAAGUGGUCAGGUUCAGUCCUGACCUGAAACUUCUGCUGACAGGAGGUACUGAUGGACACAUCCGAGUCUGGGAGUUUCCUUCCCUGAAGAAGAAAUUUGACUUCAAAGCACAUGAAGAGGAGAUUGAAGACUUGGAUAUGAGUCCAGGGAACAAGUACCUGGUGACAGUUGGCCGAGACUUUGCGUGCAGUGUAUGGAGUGGCAACCAGCUGGCUAUGGGUCUAAAUUGGCUUGAAACCAUGCCUCAAAUAGCUAAGAAGACUUAUCGAUAUAUGGCUUGCAGGUUUGGUAGAGUAGAAGACCAAAAAGAUGCCCUGAGGCUGUACACAGUGCAGAUCCCCCAUAGAAGAGACCGAAAACCACCUCCUUGCUACCUCACCAAGUGGGAUGGCAAGAGCUUGCUGCCCAUGCUGACAUCUCCUUGUGGCACUGAGGUCAUAUCCACUCUCGCUGUUAGUGACUCUGGAACAUUUCUUGGACUUGGCACUGUGACAGGAUCAGUAUCAAUCUACAUAGCUUUCUCUCUACAGAAGCUGUAUUACGUACAGGAGUCCCAUGGCAUCGUGGUGACAGAUCUUGCCUUCCUGCCAGAUUCUCUGAAAGACAAAAACAUUAAGGGGAAUAAUGAAACAGCCAUGUUGAGUGUGGCUGUGGACAGUCGUUGUCAAGUACAUACGCUCGCCAACCGAAGAUAUUUCCCAAUCUGGCUGGUGGUGUUCGUCUGUGGUCUCAUGGUAGUGGGGGUCAUCCUCCUUCUACAGUAUCUCUUUCCAGGAUUUAUUUAAUUUAUGCACAUGCACAAGUCAGGAAUUAUGGAGUCUGGACACAUUUUUACAUCUGUCAGGAUCAGCAGUCCUCCAGACUGCCAGGACAAACUGUAGGACUGUUAUUUGCUUUGAUCUCUAUCAGCUUUUCUUAAUUGUUUUGUGUUCACUCUGAUGUUUAAGGGCUUAUUUUCAUGAAUGUUUAAAGGCUAAGGUCUUUUUACUGACAAAUCUAAGGAGCAAUGUAAAAUUCUAUGAACAAAUAAUUGUUAAUUGAAUAACUGCUUUGUGUUUCCCCUUUUUAUUCACUCAACAGCAGCAGAAACCAGUUUACAGUCCUCUGUUUAGGGGCUGCUAGUGAAGAUUUGUUGAAACAUCUGUUUGUUUUUGGAUGUCUGAAUUCAAACCUACAGUAAUUACUUUUACUUCACUGUGCCAUUAUUCAAGGCUCGAGAAAAUUAUUUAAUAAUACAAGAAAACAAAUGUGGGAAAAUGUGAGGUAAGAUGCUUUAAGCAUAUAAGAAGCAGUGGCUCUGUGUAAACCUAAUGAAAAUGUCAUUUUACUGGAGUGAAAACUGGAUUUUCCAUUUUUUGUAAUUAAAGUGUUACCUUUAAUUUAUAUAUUCUGAUUACGUUGUUCAGCCAAUGUAUGAAAAUGUGAUAGAUUUUUUAAAAUGACCCCCAUAUUAUUGUAACUUAAUGAAAUGAUAGAAGAAAAUCAAAGUAUUUAGAAAUAAAAAUACUGGAAAGGUA